AGGCGUCACAUGUGUUUAAUUACGCAAAAAUAGAAAGCACCGACUUUAAUUUCGGCGAUGUUCCAAAUUUCCCUUCGCUGCCUUUGGCAUCGUCAUCAUUAUCACGAGACUUUCGCCAUGGCCAAUGCGUCCACUGGAGGCUUGUUGACGAAGCAUGAACCGUUUCGGAAAUGGGAAGGUUGUUGUUGGGCGUGGGAACACUGCGCAGAACGCUUGUGCGCAGCCGCACGGUUCUUUGUUGAGUUGCAUUGUGGGACAUAACAGCUCGGUCGAUCCGCCAUGAUGGACGUUUUAACAAAGACCGAGAAGGCAAAAUUCGGUGGAUUACCGCGAUGCUAUGGAGAGAUUUGAAGGGCCGGAGCGCGGAGUUACGGCUCUGAAUAGGUGUCGUACACCUAUCAGACUUACAGGAAUUACUUAUAUUCUGAGAAAAGUGGGAUUUUGGACGUAGAAAUAGACUAGGGUUGGAACAAAAACGGCCAUGAGUAAGCUGUCUUUCAGGGCUCGGGCGCUGGACGCCACGAAGUCUAUGCCGAUAUAUCGAAAGCAUGAGGUUUCCGAUCUUCCAGACUACUCUGUUCUUAAUCGAGCAGUGCCUCAAAUGCCCACAGGAAUGGAAAAAGAGGAGGAAUCGGAACAUCACUUACAGCGAGCUAUAUCUGCACAGCAAGUAUACGGUGAUAAGAAAGUAAUGGUGAUCCCGGUUCCUGAGGCAGAACUUGGCGUGGAAUAUUAUAACAACAUUUAUAAGAAGCAAUUUCGAGUUCCCAAGCAAUAUAUACACAAUCAAGCACAAGCCCUUAACUCCAUUAUGGAGCAAGAGAAACCAGACUAUGACAUGGACAGUGAAGAUGAGCGAUGGGUGAAAGACACAAAUAAAAGAACUGGGUUGGAUAUUUCGGAGAUUCAGUUUGAAGAAAUGAUUGACAGAUUGGAGAAGUCGUGUGGAAAUCAGGUUGUCACUCUCCAAGAAGCCAAACUUUUAUUAAAAGAAGACGAUGAUUUAAUUAAAGCUGUUUAUGAUUACUGGCUGCAGAAAAGAGCAAAACCAGCAGGAGGAGCAGUAACGUUUCAUGUUCGUCAGGAGAGAAGGGACGGAUCAUCUAGUGGAGAUUCUUAUGUUGCUUUUCGUAGAAGAACUGAGAAAAUGCAAACAAGAAAGAAUCGUAAGAAUGAUGAAGCCUCGUAUGAAAAGAUGUUGAAGUUAAGAAGAGAUUUGAGUAGAGCUGUAACAAUAUUAGAAAUGAUAAAGCGACGAGAGAAAGGAAAAUGGGAAUUACUUCAUCUUACACUGGAAAUCGCUGAGAAAAGGUAUCAGAUGAAAGACUGGGAUGGUAAAAGUUUGAAGAUGGCAAAGAGAGAAGUAGCCGUUGGAUCUGGCAAUUUGAAAGCCAUAAAUCGAACCAAACAUCUUUCUGGAAAUAAAUCUGCAUUGGGUCUUGCUGGAACUUCUGCUUCUAAACAAAGAGUUAAAUCAGAUCUGGAGAGAAAAGAAAAACGACGAUCUAAAAAGAACAAGCAUGACAGACUACGGUUACCUUCAGCCUCUGUUGCAAGUUCUAUAUCUUCAUCAACAAACCAACCUGUUGCUGCAGGCUCAGGUUCACUCACAUCCAAUGUCCUUCGCCCAUCCCCACACAAGCCUUCUCAACACCCUCCAGCACAUGGUUCUACACCUAAGUCACCUGGUUCUACUUUCACAUAUGAGCAUGUGUUUGAUACUAUGAGACAAUAUGAGUUUCACUCAAGCGAUGAAGAUACCGCCAGACCAAAGAGUCCGACUUCUGGGUCAGUAGCACCAUCAUCUGUUGCUGAUGAGAGAAAGAAAAAUCCUGAUGGAUUAUAUGCUUUCAGAAGAAAACCGGGAUGCAAAUAUAAUGCACCCAGGGAUGAAUUAUCGGGUGAUCACUGGCCUUGGAUGACCGAAGAUCGACACCGUUAUUCUUUAACCACUUUAACUAUGCCUGAAAAAUGUAUGGGAUUCUGUCGUCGAAGAGUUGGUCGUGGAGGCAGAGUAAUGCUUGAUAGAGCUUAUACACCUUGGAAUAAACAAUUAUCAGAAAUUGAUCUUCAUCCAGAAGCAAAUCAUCUACCUCACAAACCAAAUCUACAGGAACUUUUAGAAGAAAUUAAACACGGACGAUGGAGGAGGUACAGGCCGUACGAUCCUCUAUCACAUAAAGCUCAUAAAUUAAAAUUACAACAAGAGCAACAAGACAAUCGUAAAUUAUCUGAUUUAAAACCGUUUGGUCAUUCCUCAACUUCGCCAAUGAUGACUCCUGUCAAACAACAUUCCUCUUCUAAGAAAGUGACCAAGUCUCAACCUGUGGAUUCAUCGGAUUCCGAAACUAUUGAUAUUAUGACAACAGAUGAAAAUAUACGAACAGAUUUACUUCAUAAAAGGCUUCUACAGAAGUCCCCACACAAGUCGUCACCUCAGAAACAUAGGACCACACCUCACAAACGUGUACUAGUACCCAGUUGGCAAUUGGACAAACCAUCUGCUUUAUUUGCCGUGUCAGCAUUAAUGACAUCAGAUUCUCCAAAUAAACAAAGAGUAAAAGCUGGGAAGCAGCUUAAAUUAAAUGUCGUAUCCGCAAGUUCACCUAGCACCUCAAACGGAAUGCCUGCUCGUCAGACUCCAGUGGCUAUGACUCUGAUUGGUGGAUUACCAGUAACUUCGCCUGGAAAAUACGUCACAAACUUAACAUCGGCGCUCGAUAAAUCUUCACCAAAAGUUAAAAAACCAAAAACUAUCAGUAAAUUCACAAUAGAUCAUACGAAACUGUUUGGAGUGAAAGGCAAUGAAAAAAUGCACGCCACUCUCAUGCCUGUUUCCAGUUUACACGCUAAAUCAACGACAAGUACAUCUGUAACUCUCACUGUCACUGGACCAACGUCAAAAUCCUUAACAACGUUUUGUGGGUCUUCGACUUCAGGCGGAGUAGUUUCAUUAACAAUGGCCCAACCUCACUCUAGUAUUGGAUUAAACAAAAACUCAAAUCAAAGUGGAAUGACGCUUGAUGGUUUGACCAAUGCAACGGCAUUGCAAAAAUCAACAACUAUGCCCGUUGUUAUGGCAACCUUGAGAAUAGGGAAUUCAGUAACUAGUAGCAGUGCUAUGGUGAAUAGUAAUUCAGAUUCUCAUCCCCUCCUGGCAAGCUCUUACACAAUCAACAGCCAAGGUACAAACUCCGGUGAUAACUCAAACGGUGCAACCGGUACUGUAUUCAUUACACCAACGACACGUUUCGUAACUCCAACAUCUAGAAUCCAUCAGUCGAAACAUGCUGGGAAUGAAAUUCAGAAUUCCAGUGUUCCAUUGACUUUAUCGACAGUUAAUUCAUCACUGAUACAUCCGCAAUAUAAGACCCAACUUUUGGGGCAACAGUCUUUAAACUUAGCGCUAACACCCUCAACACCGCAAAAACAUGCUACAUUGUCCCAACUUUCUAUACCCAAUAGCAGCGGACAUGCUUCAGCAAUUUUAAUCGCUACUCCAGCUAGUGGUACAUUAGCUUCGAGUCUGCCCCAACAUGGCGCUCCUGGCCUGGAAAGUGGAACGGCUGGCGGAAUAAAUUUAAACCAGACAAAGACAGUCAGCAUUAAUGUUGCAAGGGUACAAACAUCCGCGAGUGGCAUGGGGCAGAUUUUCACACUGCAACAACACCCUGAUGGAAACGUUGGGACACUGACUGCUUCCCAAGCUUCGCAACACACUGGAUCGGCUUGGGUAACUUCAGGUUCUGGUCCAAAUAUCCUCAAACUCGGUCCAGCAGGUGUAGCAACGGGAAUACAAAUCCAUCCCGUUAAUCAAGGGUUUAAAAUGGGGACGACCAAUAAAUCGUUGACCGUUAUUUCAAAACGACCUCGUGGACAACAACCUACAGUAGGAGUAACUCGAACGAUUAAUAUAGCGAAUUCGAGGCAAGCUACUUCUCUUAUUAACAAUGCUAAUAAUAAAUCAGCCGUAGCUUCGCCACAUAUAGCUUUGGUUUCAGAUAACAGAACUAAUUCAACACCAAAGUCAUUGAUAUCAAUACCACAUCCACAGAAAAACAAUGCUACUGUUAUGCUUUCUGCCAAAAAUGUUCCAAUAGUUGAGCAGUCAUGCGUAAUAAAUAAAGACGGAGGACAAACACCUGCCCCGUUGAAUACGCAGACUGAUAAUAUUGUAAAUGACUCGCCGGGUUUAAACAGCAAAAGUAGUAAAAAUAAUCAACCAAUGGAGGUUACGUAGUGAUUCAAUAAUUUUAUCAUUAUAAAUAGGAUAAUAAAUUUAGUCUUGGACAGUUAUGAACAGUAGAAGGAGUGCAUUCAAUAAGUGUUAUAUAUGGCCCAAACUUAAUAUUUGCCAGUUCAGGAAGUAAUAAAACAAUAAGAAUUUCUAAGUACAAUCUUAUUUUGUCACUCGCACAUUUUCAUUUACUUAAUUAUCCUCUUCAAAUGGCUAAAUAUUCUAAAUCUUGGAAAUAAUUUCUAAUAGCAAAUUUACUUGUGUUUGACGCUCUUUCUAUAGUAUUGGUUUGAAGUUCUACUUUUCAAUUUUUUUUGCAAUUGUUUUCUUUGAUUUUUGCUCUUUUCCACAUUUAUUCUCGCGGCUCUUUUUUACAUUUACUAUCGACAUCGCGAUUUCUGUGUCAUUUAUUGUCAGUUUCAUUUUUUUGCCAAAUAAUGUUCACGCUUUUUUUCUUCUCACAUAAACAUGUUUGUAGAAAACUAUUAUGUCGUACAUGUAGAUGGUAUAUUUUUUUCUUCUGAAAAUGGGGUUUGAGGGGUUAGGGUUCAAUAAAUGUUGUGAGAACUUACAUAAAACUGACAAAAACUUGAUAGAUACAACCCAAGUGUGCCAUUCGUUUAUGUUAUCCAUAUGGACCGAAAUAUAAUAGUAAAGUGGUAUCAUUGCAAAAAGGGAAAAGUUUAUUUUAAAUGUUGCUCAAUAAAUGCGAAUUAUUAAACCUUGUA